GGCAUCGUCAAGGAUCUGAAGCGGCGCGCGCCCAAGUAUGUCUCCGACUGGACCGAGGGCCACAACGCCAAGACCACGGCGUCCAUCUUCUUCAUGUUCUUCACGUCCAUCGCGCCGGCCAUCACCUUCGCGGAGCUGCUCGCGACGACGACGGAGAAGAUCGGCGUCGUCGAGGUGUGCCUGAGCAGCUGCCUCUCCGGGAUGGUCUUCAGCGUCUUCGCGGGGCAGCCCCUCGUCAUCGUGGGCGUCACGGGCCCCGUGACGAUCCUGACCAUCUCAAUCUACGGCAUGGCCAAGGCGCUGGACAUCAGCUUCCUCCACUUCUACGCCUGGGCGCAGAUCUGGGCCGGCCUGAUGCACAUGGCCGCGGCGGCCGCGGGGCUCUGCGACUACAUCAGGUACAUCACGAACUUCUCCUGCCACACCUUCGGCAUGCUCAUCGCCGUCAUCUACGCCGUCACGGGCGCCGUGGGCAUCGCCAAGUACUACACGCGGAGCCAGUCCUUCGCCGCGUGCCUCAUGGAGACGAUUCUGGCGCUGGGGACGACGCUCUUGUCGCUCUAUCUCGCCAACGCGUCGAACUGGGUCAUCGGCAACGAGAAGUUCCGGACCUUCGUGUCCGACUACGCGCCGACGGUGGCCAUCGUCAUCUGGACGGGCAUCUCGCUCGUCGGCCGCGCGGACGACCUGGGGUCGGACCUGACGCGCCUGAACGUGCCGCGGAACUUCCAGACGAUCGGCGGGCGGACGUGGUUCCUGAACCUCUUCGACUUCCCCGUCUGGGGCAUCGUGCUGAGCCUCGUGCCGGCGAGCAUCAUCCUGAUUCUGUUCAUCUUCGACCACAACGUGUCGUCGAUCAUGGCCCAGUCGAAGGAGUUCCAGCUGAAGAAGGGGUCCGCGUACCACCUCGACUUCUUCGUGCUGGGGAUCUGCAUCGUCUUCACGGGCAUCUUGGGCAUCCCGCCCUGCAACGGGCUCAUCCCCCAGGCGCCGCUCCACACGAAGAGCCUGUGCGUCGUGCGCAAGGAGAAGCAGCACGGCGUCGUCGUCGACGUCGUCGAGCGGACGUACGAGCAGCGGUACACGAACUUCUCCCAGGCGCUGCUGACGGGCGUCGUGUGCUUCCGGCCGCUCAUCGGCGUGCUGGGCCAGAUCCCCAAGGCCUGCCUCGACGGGCUCUUCCUCUUCAUGGCGCUGAGCUCGCUGCCGGGGAACGAGCUCUACGAGCGGUUCUGUUUGGUAAUCGCGGAGCCCGCGCUGCGCAAGUCGCCCCACGCCUGGUUCCGGGCGCUGGACUUUGCCACGAUCAAGUCCUUCACGAAGCUCCAGCUGGCCAUCGCCUUCGUCAUCUACUUCGUGACGCUGACGCCCAUCUCGAUGACGUUCCCGUUGUUCAUCGCCGCGCUCGUCUACGUGCGCCUGAAGGUCCUCCCCAAGUACUUCGACGAGGCGACGCUCCUCGCGCUGGACCCG